UAAAUUAUUUUAAUUUUCCAAAAAAAAAAAUAAUUAUAAGUGAAGUAAUAAAAUUUCCUAAAUGGUGGUGUUGAUGAUUCACAAUCUCUCCCUUCCUUCACAUCACAGUUGCUUCACUUCUCACUUGCCAUUUUCCAGUUUCACACUCUCCAGGCUAACAUCACUCAUCACUCCACCCCUCAAUCGUACCAUUUUUGCAUUCGAACUUUACCCUUUUUCUUCGAUCUUCUUCGGAAUUGCGUCUUACAAUUCAACUGUUAAUUUUCUACUAAUUUUCCGAGUUUCAAUUUCUCUACUACACUAUGAUUUCUUCCCAAUGAAGAUCCGCGAAAUAUCAUCUUUUUUCCCCUAAUUUUAGAACCCUUAAUUUUCUUUUUCUUGUAGAAAUUGUUAGAAAGGGUGAAUAAAAAGGGAAGAUCUCAAUGCAGUGGUACUUCGUAGCUGCUCUUCUCACCAUCCUCACCAGUUCUCAGGAACACCAGUAACAACCUAUGAUGCUCCAUUCCAUCCAAAUAAGCGGGAACUUGCUAUUCAGCCUGGGUCACCACAUGGGCAUUUUAACUACUUUAUCACAGAGUGAUGGUGGUUACAAGUAUGAUUAUGCAACCGUUCCGUUUCUUGCUGAGGUGUUCAAGCUGGUGGUAUCCAGCAUACUUCUUUGGAGGGAGGUCCGUACUUCACCUUCUGUAAGGAUGACAACUGAUUGGAAAACUGUGCGACUGUUUCCAAUACCAUCAGUUAUAUAUCUGAUUCAUAACAAUGUUCAGUUUGCCACCCUCACAUAUGUGGAUACAUCCACUUACCAAAUCAUGGGCAAUCUCAAGAUUGUUACCACUGGGAUACUGUUUAGAUUAUUUUUAAAGAAAAAGUUGACAAACUUGCAAUGGAUGGCAAUAAUUCUGUUGGCUGUUGGCACAACCACAAGCCAGGUCAAAGGAUGUGGAGCGUCAUCAUGUGACUCACUUCUCUCAGCACCAAUCCAAGGGUAUAUGUUUGGGAUCUUGUCAGCUUGCCUGUCAGCAUUAGCUGGUGUUUAUACUGAGUUCCUCAUGAAGAAAAACAAUGACAACCUGUAUUGGCAGAAUGUACAAUUUUAUACAUUUGGCACUAUCUUUAACUUGGCACGCCUAGUUUUGGAUGAUUUCACAAGUGGUUUUGAAAAGGGGCCAUGGUGGCAACGCCUUUUUGAUGGAUAUAGUAUGGCAACCUGGCUCGUGGUUCUAAACUUAGGGUCUUCAGGGCUACUAGUUUCAUGGAUAAUGAAGUAUGCAGAUAACAUUGUGAAGGUAUAUGCAACCUCAAUGGCAAUGCUGCUGACAAUGCUCUUGUCUGUUUACCUGUUCGAAUUUAAGCCAACUUUACAGCUUUUCUUGGGUAUCAUUAUAUGCAUGAUGUCAUUGCACAUGUAUUUCGCUCCUCCAAAUGUGCUUGUGGAGUUGCCUGUCAUGGCAAAAUCAGAGCAUGCGAAUCUGAAAGAAGUUGCUAUAGAAAGGGUGAAUUCCUGACCUCAUUUGGCCAAAAGAAUAUGCCUUUCUGCAUCUUCACUUUGAAUCAUAGUUUGAGAAGAUAGUGAACGAUUCCUGAUUAUUUCGGUUUAUGCUCUCUGAGGUGCUGAUUUCCUGAUUAUUCUGGGAUUUGGUGGUGCUGCCUACUUAAGGGUUUCGCAGGAGAAAGGACUGGUUAAUAGUCUAGAUAGAAUUGGGUAGGAGUAGGAUUUUCACCACUGGUUGCAAGACCAAGGGAAUAUGUUGUUAGUCAUAUACGAAACUGAACAUGCCUUUGAAUUAUAUUUUGGAAAGCAAUUAUCCUUGUGAAUUGUAAGUAAAAUUUUUGAAUUAUUUUGUAAUCUUGCUUAGUUAUUAUUGAAUAUUAUGUAACCGUUAAAAGCUUAAAUCAUCUAUAAGUAUAAUACUUGUAUUA